ACCAUGCUUCCACCAGUUCCACCACUAUGAACCGAAAUGAACAGUACUGAACAGUUGCUUGAAUUAUGAGUGGUGUAUAGACGUUAUUAACUUUUCAAGUCUUCAGAAAUAUCACUUGGCUCGAAUACGUGUGAUUUCCGAUUGCAAAGGAGAUGGGUCGACGUAAAAGCAAACGAAAACCACCUAGCAAAAAGAAGGCCAUUCAACCGUUAGACACACAAUUCAAUUGUCCGUUUUGUAAUCACGAAAAGUCAUGCGAGGUUAAGAUGGACAAAUCCAGGAGUACUGCCAGGAUAACCUGCAGGGUAUGCUUAGAAGACUUUCAGACAACUAUCAAUCUACUGUCGGAACCUUUGGAUGUAUAUAAUGAUUGGAUUGAUGCCUGUGAAAAUGCUAAUUGA